CUAGAGGUAAUGUUGCAGGGUACCGAGGUCAUAGAGACACUGAUAGACCAGUUGGCACAGGGACUACAGAAGUGGGUUGGGUGGCAGGAAGGGGGAAACUCAUUUGGACCAAAUAUUACUGAAAAUGGCAUUGCCAGGAAAUGGAGUGCAGGGGAAUCAAAAAAGGAGUAUCGAUCAUCAUAUGAUAAUGGCCUUGGUUCGUUGUGUACAUGGACCAAAAUAGUCAAUGGUACCACUGGUAGUGCCGGAGGAAGUGGAAGUGCUGGUAGUGCCAGUACUGUCAACGCAGUUAAAGCUGCCCAGGAGGUCCACCUCCUGGCCCGUAUUUUCCUAGGGUCAGUAUGUCUCAUCUGGAGUGGACUCAGUCAGUUGGGGUUCCUAACUAAGGAGGGGAGUGGUGGUGAUAAGAGGUGGAGCCAGGAUGGAACACUGAGUGAGGUCGGAAAAGGUCUCGGCUCAUUCAUGGCGGCCAUGGGCUAUGACCUGGAUAGGUUGAAUCAGGGUAAAGGUAAGUACUGCCUAGGGUGGUCAUAUGAAAAGGACGAGUAAC